CCUGCAGAGGCGGACGUGACGCACGGUGCUAGGGCUCGUUGUGCGUGCGUAGCGUUUGCAGCCGAGCCGACGCAAUAUCGCUAGACAGACAACAUCAUCAGAUACGAGCGAAAAACUGGAUUAUUCGCCCGCUACAAAAACCCAAGCGACCGUAGGUGUUGGAAGAGGGUGACUUGAGGUCAUAGUUGGACUCAUAACAAAGUGCUGAAAGAUAAACAUCAUGAACCCUGUUUAUAGCCCUGCAUCUUCAGGGGUUCCUUAUGCCAACCCUAAAGGAAUAGGAUACCCAGCGGGAUUUCCUAUGGGUUAUGCAGCGGCAGCUCCAGCAUACUCCCCCGGCAUGUACCCUGGUGCUAAUCCAGCCUUUCCCACUGGUUAUGCUCCUGGGACCCCUUUCAAAAUGUCCUGCUCCCCAACAACAGGUGCUGUACCUCCCUAUUCCUCAUCACCCAACCCCUACCCGGCUGCAGUCUACCCCGUGAGAAGUCCCUACCCCCAGCAGAACCCCUAUGCACAGCAGCAAGGCACUUACUACACACAGCCCCUUUACGCAGCGCCGCCGCAUGUCAUUCAUCAUACAACGGUGGUCCAGCCCAAUGGUAUGCCAGCAGCCAUGUAUGCCCCUCCCAUUCCCCCGCCCCGCCCUAACGGUGUCACCAUGGGCAUGGUAGGAGGCACCACCAUGGCGAUGUCAGCUGGGACAUUAUUAACUACUCACUCUCCGACCCCAGUCGCGCCCCACCCUUCAAUGCCCACGUACCGCCCGCCUGGCACUCCCACCUACAGUUACGUGCCCCCGCAAUGGUGAACACGACACUGUCAAAAGAUGGUAGAUAUGCAUUCUCACAGUCCAGUAUUUUUACAACUGGAGCUGACACUACAAGUGUUAUCAGCCAGUUGCUCUUCCUUCCAAACAUAAUGUGAAUCCGACUCCAGUUGGCAGACGAAAGGAAAGAGUAUCUUCCCAGUCCGGCUCCAUUACUACUUCCCAUCCUUCACUCAUUCUACAACAUAUCUCACGGCCGAAGACCAGACAAGCUCUUCAUGCUCAAUUGUGUUGUGUGGACUGUCUUGCAGUUUUUAGCUAACUCUUUAAUUGGUGAAACCGGAAGGGAGUUGGAAUUUUUUUAAAUUGGAAUACCUAUUGAAUGCAUGUAUAUAUUUAAAAUAGGAAAAAAGAAACAAUAAGAAAACAACAGCCCUAGCUCAUUCUACCAGCUAUGACAGAUGCAAAACCAUCAGCAGUUAUCUCAAGCAGAAAUCCAAAGGGAUGGGGAAAAACAACUGUAUAUUAAAUGCAUUGUCUUAAUUGUUAUUUCAUACAAAAUAUUAAUAACGUUAGCAUUUAAAAAGCGAAAUUUUUGUUGUUUUCCUGGUUUUAAUUUGGGUAUUUGUAGCUUCAGGCAUGGUUCGUCUUCUCUGGGUGAUGGUGUGUUUGAUGCUGCUGUGGCCUGAUGGGAAGACGGGCCCUUAGGGUUUGUGACUGCGCUUCAUAUGCCUGUUUUUAGUUGAUAAGUUUUUAUCACUCUACAUGCUCUCGCUACAGUUAAUUGUUGCACUAAUUGCCUGUGAGUGUACAUAAAUUGAUUGAUUGAGCUGUAUUGGUGCUGAGAGCAUGCAAACUCAU